AUGAGUGAGAAAGGGGUAGAUGGAAGAGAUAAAGCAUGGAAAUUUAUAAAAAAGAUGGAAUGGGAGAAAUAUUUUAGAUGUGUUUUAUAUAAUCAAGUAUGCAGUGGCACUAUUUCUAGACUUAAGCAUCAUUUAGUAGGUAUUUCGGGUGGUAUGAAAGCUUGUAAUAAAGUCCCUUCUGAUGUGAAGAAUGAGUAUCAAUUAGCUAUAAAGAACUUUAAGGAUUUGAAAUUUAAGAGAUGUGCUAUGCUCCGUGAGAUUGGGGAAGGAAUUGGUGGUGGAAGUGAUGGUAUAGAUUCUCCAUUAGAAGAAUGUGGGAGUAGUGAUGCUCAACCAAAAGUUAAAGGACCACUUGAUAGUUUUGUCUCUUCUCAACCUAGGCAAACCAUAUUGAAUGAAGCUUACAAAAAAGAGUUAAGAAAAGAAGUUUGUCGGAUGGUUGGGCGUUUUAUGUUUUCUAGGGUGCUUCUUUUUAAUACAGUUAAUGAUCCAUUUUGGUUAGCUGUGGUAGAGGGAAUUGCCAAGUAUGGUGUAGGGUUCAAGCCUCCUUCUAUGCAUGAAUUAAGGACUUGGAUUCUUAGGGAAGAAGUUGAUGAUAUUGAUAAGUAUUUGUUAGAGCAUAAGAAAGCUUGGGAAAAGUAUGGGUGUUCUAUCAUGUCGGACGGUUGGACCGAUGGAAAUGGUAGAGUACUUCUUAAUUUUCUUGUGAAUAGUCCGGCGGGUACUUUCUUUUUGAAGUCCAUUGAUGCAUCCGGUAGUGUAAAAAAUGGUAGUUUAAUGCUAAAGUAUUUAGAUGAAGUGGUUAGAGAAGUUGGGGAAGAGAAUGUAGUUCAAAUAACAAAAAUGCGGGCCUUAGACUUAUGCAAAGGAGGUUGA